UGGAGGGAGCCGGGGUGGAAAGGAAGAGGCGCCCGGGGCUCCGCGUGGACCUGUCGGAGGGGUGGUGAGACUCUGCGGAUGGGACUUUGGGGACGAACUCUUGCGAGGAGACGAGUGCUGAGCCAGAAGCUCCAGAGCCCGGAAGACGAGUAGUCAGAGCCUUGGAGUUGCGGCCACUGUCAGAAAACUAGGAGUGAGGGAGGAGCUUAUCUCAGGAAACAAGCUCGACAGCUGGAAAAUGAACUUGACCUGAAACUAGUUUCCUUCAGCAAACUGUGCACGAGUUACAGUCACAGCAGUGCCCGGGAUGGAGGACGCGAUAGGUAUAGUUCAGACACAACGCCCCUCUUAAAUGGAUCAAGUCAAGACAGAAUGUUUGAGACGAUGGCAAUUGAAAUUGAACAGCUUUUGGCAAGACUUACCGGGGUAAACGAUAAAAUGGCAGAAUAUACCAACAGUGCUGGAGUCCCCUCAUUGAACGCAGCACUGAUGCAUACGUUGCAGCGACAUAGAGACAUUCUACAGGAUUAUACACAUGAAUUCCAUAAAACCAAAGCAAACUUUAUGGCGGUACGGGAAAGGGAGAAUCUGAUGGGAUCAGUACGAAAAGACAUUGAAUCAUAUAAAAGUGGGUCUGGAGUAAACAACAGGAGAACUGAACUGUUUCUGAAAGAACAUGACCACCUUCGAAACUCUGAUCGUCUGAUAGAAGAAACAAUAAGCAUUGCUAUGGCUACGAAAGAAAAUAUGACUUCUCAGAGAGGAAUGCUCAAGUCCAUUCACAGCAAAAUGAACACUUUGGCCAACCGUUUUCCUGCUGUGAACAGCCUGAUACAAAGGAUCAACCUUAGGAAGCGACGUGACUCACUCAUCCUUGGAGGGGUCAUCGGCAUCUGUACCAUUCUGUUGCUGCUGUAUGCAUUCCACUGAAAGGAUGGCCCCAGGACUCUGCCCACCACCUUCCUGCCCUGAUCGGGAGUGGGGAAAUGAGGAAGGAGAAAGACUGCCCUGGCCAUGAACCUGCCAGCCAGACGAACUCUAAAACUGCAUCCAUGACUCGGACCUGGUCAGACUGAGCUGAAGCCAGUUUUUCUGUGCUAUCUUUUCUAAUGCACAUUACUGUUUUUAAUUUUAAAAACAACAACAAAAGGCUUUCAGUUGCUUGUGUUUCCCUGGAGGUAAGCAGGCAGAAGCCGAGAACCUGGGCUUCAGUAACUGGAGAGGCCUGAUGGCCAGUGAGCCUCAUCGCUGGCCUCCUCACAGUGCCAGGCUCUCCACAUCCAAAGAUGGCUUUGCCUUCAGCCGUGAGACUAGAUGUGAAUAAGAAUAAUUCUUGUCCUUUUAUUUAACACUUGUGAUGGGAAAUCAGCUGUCCUCUGCUGACACUCUGAUCUGGAUUCUACUCUGUGGCCCUCACUCUUGGCAGUCAAGAACAAUUCCAUUUUGCACCAAUUCUGUAGGAUGCCAAUGCUCAGCUUCAUCACUGAGUUUUCUGAAACAGAGCACGGUAGAAAGGGUAUGUCUCAGCCGGAGCUGGAAACACAUCAAGAGUGCAGGCCUGGCACUGAGGAGCUGGUUAUUGCUUGUUAGUUCUUCCAUUGGGUUAAUAUUUGCUUCUAUACGAUAAAAUCACAUUUCCGCUCUGACAGACAACAGCCAGUGUCUGUCAUUACCCCUAGUGGCCCCUUGUCAUGUGAAGAUCAAUACUAGGAACCAGGGGAGGGAACUGUGGCUCUCAGUGAGAUGGCUGUCCGUGUCAUUCCAUCUGACCACGUUCUACAGCCUGGAGUAAACCUGAUUCCCAGGCACGCCUCCCUGUAAGGAUCUAGUCACUCCUCAUCCCUUAGGCUCCCCUGCAUCCCCAGGCCGUGGUCUCAUUGUUGAAGGUGCCUGUGAUGCCUGUCCGCACCUGUUUAUUGCUGUGGACAGUGACUGAGAUGUAAAUGCUUUUUAAGCUUAGCCAUUCUCAGCAUCUGAAAUUGGUAACUUGUCUUACUAAACUAGCAGAUAUUUUAAAGGCCUCCAACAUCUGUGUCCACCAAGAGAGAAGGCUGCGAGCCCCCACUAGAGUAUCCUCUGGCACCACAGGCAAUGAGAAGGAAGAUAAUCAGGGUGUAGCCUUCACCACCUCAUGGUGUGGGAGUGGUGCCUCUGGGCAGACUUGAUUACUUAGUGCUCACGGAUGUCUGACAUCUGAUUUGGGACUGACUGAGGAGAGGUUUGUCAUUCUGGUGUCGAAGUGUUAGUACAUUCUGGGUAUGAAAGGCAUUUGAUAUAUUUUUCUUAAUUAUGGGGUUUAUUUUUCUAAAUAUGGGUUAAUCAGCUUGUUGACUAGGCAUGCCCUUAAAAGGAAAUUAAAUUUUCCACUGUGGGCCUUAAAGAAUCAGGGAAGUUUGUUUGCUAAAUUCUCUUUGGGAGAACAGAACUUCUCUUCUCUGACACUUUAUUAUCUUUGAUUUUUUUUCAAAGGGCCCCAGUUGGUGGUUGUGCCUCAGCUAGGCUUUAUGGGACUUUGGUUGUUAUAUAGUGGGCAUACAUAAAACUUGAAGUAUCCUAAAUAAAGUUAUUUAUUUAAAUAUACUGCCAGUCUUUUCUACUGGUUUGAUUACUUGGUUCAUCCACUAAAACUGCUGAAGGAGAGUAAGCUAGCCACAGCACAGCGUGCAGGUGGCAGUGGCUGCUCCAGGAUGCUGUGCGCAGGUGAGAGGAUGAAUUAUGUGUCUGUAUUUUCCGAAAGUAAAUCAGUUCUUCCGAGGACACUGCCGGGAACACUCACUGUGGAUGCUGGAGCCUGUGGUCGCUGGGGUCCAGAGUCUGACUGACCUCCAGGUGUGGUGUCCCUGAGGGGGAGGCUGCUCCUUCCCUUCCGGUCCCGCUCUUUAUAGGACUCUGUGGUUGCUGAAUGGAACUUCAGUUUUAUGACGUUGAAAUUUUUUUAAGUCCUCUUUGUUUCCCCCUGUGGGCUAUCCUUACAUACCCAGUUUUCAGGCUCAGGAGCCGGCAGUUAGUUCUGGUCUGAGCCUGAGGUUAGAGGGUUUUUGUUUUGUAAUCCCAAUGAAAUGUUGGCUUCUUAGGAAAGAUUUGUUCUUUUUUUUUUUACAUAAUACUUUUUUAAAAAAUAUUUUUAGUAACCAUUCAAAACUUCCCACUUAACUAAAAGAUAUGAAAAAUGGAAACAAACAGCAGAAAAUUUCAAAUGUGUGUUUGUCUGGACAGUAGCUCACUGUUUAGCCCUCCCUGGCCUUUAACUUCUGCCUUGGCCUCCUGAGACCCUUGGACUAUUGCUAUCUGAUGCAUGCCACCACACCUGGUCCAACAGUAUUUUUUUGUCUUGCUGUGUCCAGUGACUUAGUAAAGCUGCUCGGUCAGUUGUUACUGAGAUCCACAGUGAGGUGGCUGUCCUGCAGUCUCUGGACUUGAGUGAUGCCCAAGGAGUCUCUGCCACCUGUAUUAGUCACCUUUGAUUUUCCCUUCCCCUUGCUACCAAAUCUACUUUUAUUGAGAAUGUCUUUUUCCUUUCUUCUGGUACUCAGAUCAAAUGUGGGAAUCUUAGAAGUUAAGGAUGGAGACAAGUAAGGAAAGAGCUACCACGAGGAUGCUUUUGUACCUAGAAUCAGAUACUUACCUGGGCACUUCCAUGUUGGGUGUGGACUGUGAGUGGAAAUGCUCCCUGGUCCCCUGAUGCAGUGACCUGGGACCGAGGAGUUGAGGGACCUUGAUUUUCACCCCCGCCAUUACUACCCUGUGUCAUUGCUGAUGUUUGGAACCCAAGGGAGUAGCAUUUAAGAAUGGGUCUAACCAUUCUAUCUUCUGUCAUUAACUAGGUAAAAGUUUUGGAAAUUCACUGAGUUUUCGAACUUGUAAUGUUAAGUUGUUGGGAUAAACGGCUGUACCCAAGCCAUUUGUGGCAAAGGUGGCAGAGCAAACACACCUACUUACAAGACUGAGUGUUCUCUGUUCUCCAUUUAUAGUAGGGUCUCCAAAAGGGUGGAGAACUUCCCACUGUGGUCCCAAACUUGGCUGUUCAUUCCUAUGUGUGCCUGCACACCCCCUUCUUGGGGAAUCAGGGACAAGAGCGGGAUCUAAGCAUGGUGUCAGGUGAGAAGUGAAGAAGCCAAGCCAUGGCUUUAAGGGUCUUUCUGUCUCUCCUCUUUUUUCCUUUUGGUAUCUGAUCUAAAAUCAUAGCACCAGAAUAUUUGUGUCACACCCUUGUAGCUCUUAGAGAUGGGAGCAGAAUCAGUUCUGAUCACACUUUAUUCUCAUGGGAUACAGUCUUCAUGGAAAAUGCCAAUACCAAGUUUUUUAAUCUAUUUUUUCCAGAUGCACUUUCUAAUGUUUUGCUUUUAAAACGGCUUCUUGGAACCAAUAUUAUUGUAUUUGUACUUAAUUUUUGUUCUCAUCUAAAUGUGCAUUUUCUGACUGUAUAGAAGAAACUUUGUUAUAUAAUUUAAUAAAUUAAAUACCUAA